GAUGGUUGCUGGGCAGCACUGGUGGGUGUCACAAAAAUCUUCAUCCCCCGGGUCCACUCCUAGGGGACCACCCACUUGCCUCCUCCCCAGACCCCCCUACUCCCGAUCUUCCGAUCUUCCUCCUUCCCAGCCUCCGAGAAGUCAAGCCACCCUCUCCUGUUCACUGUUAACCUUAAAAAAACAAAACUGCCAGCUGUUUUCCCGGCCAAGGAGGGGUUUAUUCCAGAAGAGUAUUAGAACCGCCAUCCAGGACAAGCAAGCUGUGGCAAAACCCUCGGCAAGUCCGAAGGACAGAGAGAGGAGUCGCUGUUAGGAAAGGGGAGUCGGAAAGGCUGCGCGAUAAACAACAAGUCCAUCGGAGUUAACUGGGGGCUCCAGGCGUAGUGGCUUUUCACGGGCUGAGUUGUGACUUUCUCAUUGCCUGGGCUGUUUGCACACCAUAAUUGCAGACGUCAAUUUGCAAAUUGCACGUCAAUUUGCACCCCAUAAAUGCAGACGUGUUCUUGCUGGGGGCCGCUGCUCUUUGCACAUGAAAUGGGUGGCCAGGCACCCUCCCCAGAGUCCCGCUCACUGGGAGCCUUUCUCGCCCCUGUCUCUGCAGGACACCUUUGGGCAGGGUUCAACAGCUACCCAGCGUUUACGUGUCCCCAAACACGAAGCCACCGAUUCUGGAACCAGGUUGGGGCGCUUUGCUCCUUUGCCAGAGAGAUCACAAGGGACCUACCCACGCAGACAUAGUGGGAGCCAAAGGACCGGGUGCGACAGCCGUGGAUGGCAUAGGGGUCUGGGUGAUGUGUUCACGGAGCUUACUGGAACCUUCUGGUUUUAUUCGCACUUGUUCCUCCUCAGUGAGCCACUUGUGAAGGACUGUCGUUGUGCUCACUUGACUUUAUGACCUGGUGGGUCACCCAGAGCCAUCUUGACUGCUUGACCAAGGGAAUCAUCGUAUACAGUUGUCAUCGCAUUUCAGGACCCUUCUUUCUGGGCACCCAGCUUCUCCUUCAGUCAGUAGAGCCUGGGUAUGAGUACUGGCUCAGGUCCAGAAACUGGGCAAAACGUCUUGGCUUUUGAUGCAGUGGCCGUCCUUGGGGAGGGCCAUAUCCUCGGGUGAGGCAGUUCCAUUUGGCUGAGUUAAGUUCCUGGGGAACUUAACUGUGCCAUCAGCAGGCUACCCCCAACCCUACCCCCAGCCACUGAAAGAAAUGGGUGCCUUGAUCAUGAAGGGGAGAGCUGAUGGCACAACGCAGCAUCCAUUAUACGUGCGCUGGACCCUUCCCACGUGUCGAAUACUUGCUUGGUGCCUCGCCAUCUCAACACCCAGUUUCCAUCUCUAAUCCAAGAUGGCAGCUCGGUCAGUGGGAGGGAAAGACCCAGCGGAGCUGAGCAGUGGGGAGACAGAGGAACUACAGCAGAUCAAAUGGCACCGGAGGCAGCUUCUGGAAGACAUCCAGAAGCUGAAGGAUGAGAUCGCAGAUGUGUUUGCCCAGAUUGAUUGCUUCGAGAUCGCAGAGGAGAGCCGGAUGGCCCAGAAAGAGAAGGAGCUAUGCAUUGGGCGUAAGAAGUUCAACAUGGACCCCAUGAAGGGCGUCCAGUAUCUCAUUGAGCACAAACUGCUGACCCCCGACGUCCAGGACAUCGCGCAGUUCCUGUACAAGGGCGAGGGCCUCAACAAGACGGCCAUCGGCACGUACUUGGGGGAGAGGGAUUCCUUCAACCUGCAGGUCCUCCAGGCCUUCGUGGACUGCCAUGAGUUUGCCAACCUCAACCUCGUGCAGGCCCUCAGACAGUUCUUGUGGAGCUUCCGGCUGCCCGGCGAGGCCCAGAAGAUCGACCGGAUGAUGGAGACUUUUGCCACCCGCUACUGCCUCUGCAACCCAGGCGUCUUCCAGUCCACAGAUACCUGCUACGUCCUGUCCUUCUCCAUCAUCAUGCUCAACACCAGCCUCCACAACCCCAAUGUCCGGGACAGGCCACCCUUCGAGCGCUUUGUGUCCAUGAACCGUGGCAUCAAUGGCGGCGGUGACCUGCCUGAGGAGCAGCUGCGGAACCUCUUCGACAGCAUCAAGAGCGAGCCCUUCUCCAUCCCCGAGGAUGAUGGCAAUGACCUCACUCAUACCUUCUUCAACCCCGACCGCGAGGGCUGGCUGCUCAAACUGGGGGGCCGCGUGAAGACGUGGAAACGGCGCUGGUUCAUCCUGACGGACAACUGUCUCUACUAUUUCGAGUUCACCACUGACAAGGAGCCACGGGGAAUCAUCCCCCUUGAGAACCUCUCAGUGCAGGAGGUGGACGAUCCCAAGAAGCCAUUCUGCCUGGAGCUUUACAACCCCAGCUGCCGCGGCCAGAAGAUCAAGGCCUGCAAGACCGAUGGCGAGGGCAAGGUGGUGGAGGGCAAGCACGAGUCUUAUCGAAUCUCCGCCUCCAGCGCCGAGGAGCGCGACCAAUGGAUCAAGGCCAUACGAGCCAGCAUCACCCGCGUCCCCUUCUACGACCUGGUGUCUGCUCGGAAGAAGAAGAUUGCCAACAGGCACUGAACUUCCUGGGAGGCGGUGCCGGGGGACCCCACGACCUGUGGUACCUAGAGACGUACCUCCCCCCCCAGGACACGCUUUCCUGGCCCACGGACAUCCCCCCGGCCCCCAUUACUUCGGGCGAACAGGAGUGGGGGCGGCCGGGCUCGGGGGGGGGGUGGCCGGAAAAGUCCGAGGGCUCAGAGGUGGCACUGAGGCACCGCAGCCCCGGCCACGAAAGGCCCCCGCCCUCCGCCCCAGGUCACUGCAGCAGGGAACGAG